GUGGGUGGCGGUGGGCGAGGCCAGUGUGGUCAUGGCGAUCUCGUCUCCUCAUCGCCAUGACGGCCAGCAGGCGAUCCAGCAUGGCGUCACCCAGCUGAAGGCUAGCAUCCCCAUCUGGAAGAAGGAAGUGUACGACACGCAGGAGGCCAGCUGGAAGGAGAACGCAGAGUGUUCGUGGUCAGCUCACAGGAAACACCACGCUGCCACGUCGUCCUCCGAGAACGUCUGAUUAUUAAUAAAGACUGAAGUCAUUCAGCAGA